AUUAUUUUUAAGAAUAGCAAUAAGGUAGGAAAAGAAAAAGAACUUGAAAGUAAAAAAACAAUUGUGUGUGUACGAUUAAGAUUUAAGGAGCUACUCUUAAGAGCGUACAGAAAUAAUUCUAAAAAUAUUAAGGCGGUGAAGAGAAGAAAAACAAAGAAGAGAGGAAGAAGAGAAAAAAGAAACUUUAAAACGAAAAACGAUUACAAAAUAGUGACGUGAACCACAUUCGAGAAGCAAUGAACGUACGUUUGCAGGAAAUGACUGUCGGAAGAGGUGAGGCGGGAAAAGAGGAAGGGGACAUCAUCCUCGACGAUAGUCGUCAGCAGCAGCGGGGUCGUUGCUCCGAUUCGCGCGACGACUGGAUCGGCAAGGCAUCGGGUUACGCGUAUUUCGACGAGCGUUACAUGACGAGACGAAACCAGAUCGAAUCUCCGAAACUACCGUCGGCGCCGCCUUAUGGUCCAGCACUCGUGCUCGGCAACACGGAAGACAUCUUGCCCGGCAAUGUCGCCGCACCCUCUUCCACCGUUACGUCACACAUUGGCGAUAAUGCUAGAUCACGAGCUUGCGAUAUCGAGACGACAUCUUGCACGACGACGAGAUUCCCGUAUGCCGUAAAUUGCAACGUGGCGUGCAGUAGUAUUGUGCCAGCAACGUGCAAUAACGCAUCAGCGAGCGACGAUUCGGGGACGACGUUGUACCGCGACAGCGGUCCGCAGUUGGAGACUUGCGCGGCGAUCUCGAAAAGCUGCCAGCUGGGGUUCGUCGACGUUGAGGAUCUCGCCAUGUACUUCGACAAGCCGCCCGCGACGAGCAAUCGUGCGAUCCACUCGAGAAGAUCGAGGUACGGGCAGGCCGCGAGGAUGGAUCAGCCGCGACAGGAUCGUCGUGAUCGUCUCACAGGAUCCGAAUGCGAUCUAAACACUUACCAUUUACGGUCUUCCGAUCUAGGCUCCCAUAAUCUACGUCCUUGCGAUCUGGGAUCUAAUAAUCCGUGGCCCUCCGAACCAGCGGCUGGCGAUCCACGCACUUGCAAUUUAGGGUCUGGAAAUCAGCAAUAUCGCGACGUAAGAUUCGGCGAUCUGCAAUCUUAUCAUUUAGGAACGAACAUCUCCGAAUUCGACGAUCCACGAUCCAGCAAUGUGGCAUUUAAUAAUUUAGGAGAAACUCGCAAUUCAGAAUACAACGAUCCUCGCUCUUACGAUGUAUUUGAGGCGUACCAGUUGAGAUUCGACGAUUCGCAAUCCUGCGAUUUGAGGCUGUGCGAGGUGCAGCCGCGCGAACUGGGGCGAGACAAACUGGGACGAUGCAAUCUGGGGCCGGACAAUUGGUACUGCAACAACUGUCCGGAACUGUUUAAUUUCUGCAGCGAGAAACGAUGGCUGCAGUGCCCGGCGAGCGAUCGCUGCCCUCUUUACGACCCCUCGUACGCUUACGGUGCCCCGAUCUUGCCGCCGUGCAUGUACGAGAACUUGCACGCCGACUACAACGAUAACGAUAACUGGCAUUACGGCUACGCAGAGGAUGACCAGCUCCUCGAGGAUUAUUUGAGUAAUGAGAAGAGGAAAGAGAGAUCUCGCGAUGCAGCGCGUUGUAGGCGUAGCAGGGAGACGGACAUUUUCGCCGAACUUGCGGCCGCGCUUCCGGUUGCACCGGAACAGGCAGCGCACUUAGAUAAGGCCAGUGUAAUGAGGUUGGCGAUUGCCUACCUUAAAGUUCGAGCCGUCAUAGACUCCAUUCCAGCAUCGCUAGCAAAGUCUGAGUCGUCCGCAGAGAUGGAUGAACUAUUUCCGAAAGCUCUCAACGGCUUUAUGUUAGUUCUCUCCAGUGAUGGCAAUAUGGUUUACCUCUCGGAGAACGUCAACGAUUAUCUCGGAAUAUCACAAAUGGACAUGAUGGGGCAAAGUGUAUACGAAUACAGCCACCCCUGCGACCAUGACGAAUUGCGCGAGUGUUUAUCCUCAAAGCCGACAGACAAUAAUGAGAAACGUGCUUGCAGUUUCUUUUUACGACUCAAAUGUACUCUCACCAGUAAGGGUAGAAAGGUCAAUUUGAAGAGCGCCUCCUACAAGGUAAUCCAUUGCACCGGCAGAUUGACGAAUAUUGGCGACUCGAAUUCGAAUUCCGUGGAAGCCGAUGACGAGAAACGAGAAAAAGAGGAUGAACCGGUGGAGCAAAAUACAGGCGCUUCCCUGGUGCUCGUGGGUAGUCCAAUACCUCACCCCAGUAAUAUCGAAAUACCAUUGGGACGUCAUACCUUUUUAUCGAAGCACAGUCUCAGCAUGAAAUUCACGUACGCUGACGAAAAAUUAGCCGAAUACUUGGGCUGGAACAGCGAAGAGCUGAUGGGUCGAUCGGUCUUUGAAUUCUAUCAUGCACUCGACAAUCUGGCGCUGGAUAAAUGCUUCAAGUGCUUGUUCAGCAAGGGCCAGUGCGAGACCGUGGCGUACAGAUUUCUCGGCAAACGGGGUGGUUACGCCUGGGUUGUCACUCAAGCCACUCUCAUCCACUGCUCCAAGCAACAGAAACCGAUCUCCGUCGUCUGCGUAAACUACAUUCUAAGUGGGGUUGAGCAUGAGGAUGAGGUGUACAGCGUGCGCCAGCAGGCCGCACGUGACAGCGGCACGGAAUUGAAGCCGGAGAGAGCCUUGCCGACGCUGGUGCCGACGAGCGAUAGUAGAUCGAAGAAAGGCCCGAUAGUGCUGGACGACGAAGAGAUUUCCGUGAAAGAAUCAAUCACUGUCGACGACGAGUCAAAAAGCGACGAUCGGCCGCUCGCCGUCACCGCAUCGAUUUUCCGUUCGGCGAACGGGAAAAACGACUGUAAGAACAACUUGCGAAAAGACAGCGACUUAUCGAGACCGGUACAGGAGAAGGCAUUCGUUCAGGCGCUCAAAGAGUCCCUCGAAGAAUCGAUUAAGGAGUCUCUGAAGGAAAACAACGAGCCGGUGGUGGCAGAGCGACAGGAGCGACCGGCGUUUGUGAGGACACCCUUUAUAUUCCAGGGUAAACCGGCGGUGGUACGCACUUCUUCAGACAGUGCCGGGCAUCGAGAUUGUCCGCAGGCGGUCACGAAACAUUUGUUCACGCCACUUACACCCGUUGUACAACAGCAGCAGCAACAACAACAACAACAGGAACAAGCGCAAAUCUCCUGUCGACCGCCGCCGCAGACGGCCACAGCGAGUAUCUUUGCGCCUCGCACCGAGGACAUGAACAAAGGCUUCUUAACGUUCAGCGAAGAUCAGCCGGGUCUCACCAUGUUGAAGGACGAGCCAGAGGACUUGACGCACCUUGCGCCCACACCCGGUGACGUGUGCGUGCCCUUGGAGGACACUCCGCUUUUAUCAGACAUGCUAGACGAGUUUAUCUUCGGACACGAUACCUACAGCUCGCUGCUGAGCUCGGGUGACACUUUAUCACCAGAACUGCGUUCCGCAGAUCUUUCAGAUCCCUUAAAGGACGCGGAUCUGGUGGACACUACUGCCAGAACGAAGGAUGCGGCUGACCGUCUCGCCGACAGUGAUCCCUUCAUGUACGGCGAUUCGCCCGGAAGUCCCUGCGGCAUCGACCCGAGCUCCGUGUCGCCGUCCCUCUCGAAGUACCGGCAGAGUUCUGAACGCAGCGUGGACUCGCUGGGUAGCCCUACAGGAGGCAGCGGCGGCGACGGCCUUUCCGAGGACGAGAUGCUUAUGUUAGGCAUCAGCGAUGGUAUAGGAGACGAUGAAUUGGCUCUCAGGGCACCCUAUAUUCCGAUGUCGGACCAAGACGAAGCGCUAGAGCUGCUCAUCAGCGAUGACAUGGUCAUGUGGAGCCCGUCGCAAUCCGUCGACAAAGGAUCCUCAAAGUGGCUAUUUGACGACAGAGAGCAGCGUGGAUCAGAAUCUAGUCUGGCGCAACUGCUGCGGACCGAUCAAGCGGUAUCGCGGCGAUACAACGACCACGGUGGAGGUUUGAUGAAUCCCGCGCACAUCUUCGAACAGACAUCUAGAAAAAGCGCAGUCUUGGAAAUCGAUCGAUGGUCCUCUAGCCAAGAACGUACCGAUCGCCCCAGUAAGCGCAACCAUUCUGGACUCAAUACAGAUUUCGGGAGCGAGCACAAACGCCUCAAGUGCGAGGACUCGUCUUUCAAACACAUAAGCCUCGAGGACACUUUGCUGAUGAGGCAACAACGAUCGUCUCACAAGAAGUCGCUAAGUUUGGACAACACCUGCGGCAGCCAGCUCCUACGUCGCCUCGUCUCGCCGCAGGCGUCGACCGUAGUGUCGCAAACCAUGUCCUCGUCCGACGGCGAACGCCGUCGCAACACCUUGGAGCAACGCGCUCGCGUUCUCGACGACAUCAUCGACUUCGCCGAGUCGGAGGGCGACCGCGGCGGAGGAAAAGGUGGAGGCGGAAAUCGCGGUGGCGAUGGUCCGAAUAAGAUCGAUGGAACGAGCCGGAGCAGAAAUCCGUCCUGCAUCGCCGGCGGCAGCAGCGUGCUAAUGAACCUUCUGGUUUCCGGCUGCGAUGAUCCCCUGAUGAAUUCUCGCAACGUGCCGACUUUGUUAUCGAGGAACUUGACGUCACCAUUGUCCGUCAACGUGGAUAAUCAACUGGUACCACAGCACGCGAACGCAAAUAAUGUCAUAUCCUUGCCCGACCACCUCAGUCCAGAUACCAGGAAGCACUUAAUCGGACCCUUCACCGGAGAUGCUGGCGGCGGAGGAACGACUCCUAUAAUUUCGCCUACGACGUCAGCAAUAGCGGCUUUCGGCGGUUUUGGUUACGACGAGUCCACUGCGGGUCUAUUGCAAGUGGGGCCAGAUCUUCUUGGAGGCCUACUGGACCGAAACUUGGUGUGAUUUAGCUCGCGUGAUCUAUCGGCCGCACCGGAAUACGUUCGGUUGAUCGAGAAAAUUAGAAGCCGAAUUCUUCCGACAUUCACCUUCUUGGUGUCAGGUUUCAAAAUUUCUUUUUUUAUCCUUCUUUUAUAUUGCGAUUUGUGUUUAUUGACGAUGCAAUUAAUAUUUUUAACUUCUUACAGUUGAUUAAUUUGCAGGAAAGAAGCAGAGAAAAAAUAGAUAAAUUUUAAAAAUAUAUUCGAACGAAAAGCUGCUUUAAUUCAUUAUUCAAGAUGAUUUGAAAAUUUAUUUUGCUGCGUUGAGGCUCUUUUCGUUGAUACAACUGAAUAAUGAUGUUGCUAAUUAAUGUUAUUAUAAGAUGCAUCACAUUCUAUUACAAAUACCAAAAAUCACAUGAUAUACUACAUAUAAAAAUAACAAGAGAAAAGACAUUAGAACACUGAUAUGUGGCGCGCAGAGAAAUUAUAUAACAAUUCUGCUUCUAAUUUCUGCGCUCAUAUUGUUGUUUAAUUUCCGGUGUUCUUUAAUAAUGGCACUAUUUUUUUACUAUGUAUUAAAAAUUCCAGUAACACGACAAUGAAAUGCAUUUCGUGUCAGAUGCUCAAAAAAUGUUUGAUAAGAUAAUAUAAAAGUGACGCGACUCGAAAAGCUUAAGUCCAGAUUUAAUUAGAUAUUUUUUAAGUGAUUUUUGUGUUGCUUGAACGACAUUUUUUUACAUUAUUUCCCUGAAAUACGCGAGUGUGCCAAUGCAUUUCCAUAAAUUAGGAUGAAACAAUUCAUAUAAAAAUUAACCCAUACAUUCUAAUGGAUUGCGUGACAAGUUAAAUUCGACAAGAUGAUGCUUUGUUGUAAAAAUGAGAAUCAUAUCCCUUAAUCAGAUCGAGUGAUCAAAGACUGUAUCAUUGUUAUAAAAUUGUGAUAAGAAGACUUGAAGACAAUUCCCGAUAUUCUUUACAUACAAACUUUUUUAUAUAAUAUAAUGCUUCUUUUCAAUUUUUUAACUUUAACAUUCUUUUCAUCAAAUAAUUUUAAUUUUUUUCAUUAUACGACAUUAUAUUGAAAUAUGUCGAUUGAAAUUAUUUGAAGAAAGUCAUGCAAAUUAAGUUUGAUGUUCUAGAAAACUAUUUUGCAGUAUAAAAUUUUUCCAAUUUUGUAUUAUUUUUAUCUUUUUCUGUAAAAUAAUGAGAUGUGGUUUAAGAUGUAUGCACGAUAAUAAUUGCAUAAUUAUUAAAAGAAUAAUAGUAGCUAUUAUAUGUACUUAUAACAAUAAUAAAAAUAAUUGAGCUUUAAGAAUGUUUGUACAUAGAUAGAUACUAUAGUUUAAUUUAAUUCGAAAACAUGACUUUAUUAUAGUCUUCAUAUCAUAAAUGAUUGGUUCAUCAAUCGUCUGUGAUAAAUAGGAUCCACUGCUGUGUGCUGAAUAUGUGUUUUCGAACUAAAUACGCGUUUUGUAUGUAGUAGAAAAAUAAUAUUAAAGAUUUGUGCAAGACUUCUUGGGGAUAAAGAAUAUUCUGAUAUGAAAAAAAUUAUUAAAUAAUUCUUCUUACAUUUCUAAUUGUAAAAAGAAGAAAAUGUUAUAGUCUUUAGCGACUCGAUCUGUCUUUUCUAAAAACUUGUAUAUAAACGAAUGCAUUUAUGCGAGUGACGUGCAAAUUUGCGUGCAUAUAUAUAUAUACACACACACACAUAUUAAUUGAACUAACAAUAAGAGAAAAGUGUUAAGUUUAGAAUAUUGGUAUCAGGUGUGAAAAAAUGAUAACCGAUUAUUUCAUCGGUUCAAGGUUCAAGAAAGUAACAGUUAAAGAGCUAACAAGGAAACUUUUCCAUACUAUUUCUAUUUUUAGAAGUGCAGUUUGUUAAAGCUAGAAAAUGAAAAAAAAUACACAUCUUUUUUAUAUUUCUAGUUUUAAGUCCUUAGAACUUUGCUUUAUGAAUAUUAUAAAUCUGAUUGAAUGAAUACUGUUGAAUAUGAUGAAAUAAUAUAAGAGCAACAAGGUUAUCAGGAUUUCCAUCCUGAAUCCUAUGAAGUCCACAGAGCAUGACAAGUCGCAGCGUUGCUGUUUUCUCAGCAUCGCAUAUCAGCCACGACGUCACGAUGCCAAUAUUUUUGUCGUCAUCGUCGUCGUUGUCGUUGCUAAUUGUUGUUACUGUUAUUAUAGUUUCUACUAGACUUCACCUGGGAUCAUCGGUUCUUGCCGUUGCGUCCUGAUUGUUAGGUGCAUACAAUCAAUAAAUACCGAUAUGAUUAGUACUAUGUUUAUCAUAGCAGCAAUUAUUACUAUUAUUAUCAUACAUGAAUAUAAUUAUGCAUUAUUAUAA